AUGACCAUAAAAUGUCAGCUCUGCACGAAAAACGACCCAAUUCUGAAUCUCCAACAUCAAGAUGAACUUGUCCGACAUCUUGUUGUUGAUCAUGCCAAAUCCGUGGCCAAAACGUUUCUGCAGCCAGGAAUGAGUGAGCAGGAUCAAUGGCUGUGGAAUCAAGUGUCUUUUGAUAAGGCGAUUGUAAGUUUUUUUUUAAAUUUUUUAAUUUAAAAAGUUGAUUUUUAAAAAAUGAGUAAAUUUGAGGUUUUUAGGUAAUAAAUUCAAAUUUUUUGAAAAAUGACAUUGUAGGUGACAAUUUUGUAAAAAAAGUGGUUUUUAGGUAACAAACCUUCAAAAACUGAUAUUUUAGGCCAUAAAUUAAAAAAAUAUAUAUUUUAGGUAACAAAUUUUUUGAAAAAUGACAUUGUAAGUAACAAUUUUGUAAAAAAAGUGGUUUUUAGGUAACAAAUCUUCAAACUGAUACUUUAGACCAUAAAUUCAAAAAAAAAAAGAUAUUUUAGGUAACCAAUCUUCAAAAACUGAUAUUUUAGACUAUAAAUUUAGAAAAAAAAGAUAUUUUAAGUAACAAAUUUUUGAAAAAUUGACUUUUUAGGUAAAAAUUACAAAUAACUUUUUUUUUAGGUAACAAAAAGUUGAAAAAUGCUGUUUGUAAGUAAAACCUUUUUGAAAAAGGACAGGUAACAGCUAGCCAAAGAAGGCAUUUUAGCUAAAAAAUAAAGAAAAUUAAUAUUUUAGGUAAUAAAAAGUUGAACUAUAAAAUUUAGGUAACAAAAAUUAAAAAAUCUGGUUUUUAAAAAAAUUUUAUUUUAUUUUGAUAUUAUACUAGGCCCAAUAAACCAAAAAGCUUAUUGAUCUUAACAUUCCAGCUGGAGAUUCCUCAAUGUUCAGACGAACAAAUCCACCGUGCCUCGUUCAACAUUCUACAGCCAAUUGGGCACGUUGUUCGAACAUUCUUUCACAUUUUAUUUGACAAAGCAGAGGUAGAUGAGGAAGAUAAGGAAAAGGUUUUUCAAGUUGUUGAUCAGCACUUUCCUUUAUCAGAAUCGAGGGUUGAAGAAGAAGAGGAUAAGCAUGAAGAAGAUGAGAAAGAAAAUAAUGUGAUCUUGAACAUGGUAUGUUGUAUACGUCUAUUCUACUCUAUCCUACAUUACUUUACCAUACCCUACUUUACCUAACUCUACUCUACCCUACUCUACCUUACUCUACCCUAUCCUACUCUACCCUACCCUAUCUUACCUUACCUAACCUUAUCUCCUCUACCCUGCCUUGCUCCACUUAAUCCUAAUCUUUCUACCUUACCUUACCUAAUAUUGCCUUCUCUACCCGCCCCAUCUAAUCCUACCCUUCCCACUUUACCUAGCCUUACCUAACACUACAAUUCCAGAUCUCAGCAGCCAUCCAAACCAACCUUCUACACGACCAAUUCACGUUACAACCUUCAAAACCCGAGAGUCAGGACAAUAUUUUCGAACCAGAGCAAGAAAGUAGUCGAGAACAAUCACUAGAAUUAGAUGCGGAUAAUAACGACGAUACUAAUCAUAACGUCAGUCAAGACGAAAUUACUCCAAGACAGAUUCAGCUGGGCAAACGACCGGAUUCGAAGGCGAUAAGGACCGCUGUUUGUCAGGUACCGGUAGGUUUUUAGUCUAGUUUAGGGUAAGGAGGGGAGAGGGAAGAUUGUAAAAGUCCCAUUAAUUGGGGAGGGGGUGGGUGUGGAAAAACAUUUUAGGUCUCCUUUAAAGCUUGGAAAUAAAGUUUUUGCAAUUUUUGAAAAAAUGUAAUUCUGCAGCCUGCGGAGGACAAAUUAUACGAUACAUGUCGUGUUUUGAGCUUGUAACGAAUGUUCUUGCCAUUUUUUGUUUUGUAAAGAAAGUUGUUGCUAUUUUUUGUUUUUUAAAGAAAGUUCUUUCUACUUUGUCUAAAUAUCUGAAGUUUUGGAUUCUUGCAACCUGCGGGCGACAAGUUAUACGAUAAAUUAAGUUUCAAGCCUUGUAAAGAAAGUUUUUGCAAUUUUUUGUUCGUAAAGAAAGUUAUUGUAAUUUUAAUCUUUGUAAAGAAAGUUCUUGCAAUUUUAAUCUUUGUAAAGAAAGUUCUUGCCAUUUUUUGUUUCGUAAAAAAAGUUCUUGCUUUUUUGUUUUGUAAAAAAAAUUUGUGCCAUUUUAAAAACCUAAUAUAGUGUUUUGCAACCUGCGGGUGAAAAGUUAUAUGCUGAAUGAUUUUUUUUAAUUUUAAAACUGAAAUUACUCCCCACCGUAUUUUACACUAAAAAACAAUUUUUCUUUUAAUACCAUUCUUUUUCAGUCCUGUAACCUAAAAGUCUGUAUGACAGCCCGACAACGUCACGUUUACAUGUUCCAUGUUAACAAAAAAGACAUGUUUGUAUGUCCUCAAUGUGAAUACACCAACUCCAACUCGGUGUGGGAGGCUCGGAAGCACUGUGAAUCGCACACUCCACCGUGCGAGCCAGAAUCCAAUGAGAAGAAGUACGUUAAGAUCAUCCGUGCUUGCAACUCAAUGUGCUUCCCCAGCUGGCGAGAGAAGAGGUUCGCUGGAAUGGAGGAGAAGUUGACGGCCAAGGAGAUGGCAGAAGCUGAAGCUGAGAUCAGUCAAUGCCAUUUUGAUGCACAGAAUAACAGGAUCAGUUAUGAAGAGGAGACUGGUAAGGGUGAUAUUAUUAUAGAUGUAGGGUAGGAUAGGAUAAGGCAGGGUAGAAAAGGUAGAGUAAGAACGGUAGGAUAGGAUAAGCUAGUGAACGAUAGGGUAAGGCAGGGUAGGAUAGGCUAGUGUACGGUAGGGUAAGGCAGGGUUGGAUAGGCUAGUGUACGAUAGUGUAAGACAGGGUAGGGUAGAGAACAAUGGGUAUAGUAGCUUAUUAUAUACAGGGUAUUCAGAGCCAGAAUAAAAAGAAUAAAAAAAAAAGAAAAUGGGAGGAGUAAUUUUAAUUUAGGUUUUUAAGGGUAGGCAUAAUACUGAAUAUUUUGUUAAGUUUAGGAAGACAGGGUUAAGUAAAGCAGAUUAGUGCAAGGCAUGACCGAAAAGAUCAGGUAGCAUUAUCGUAGAGUAGGGUAAGGUUUGGCAGGCCAACGUGGAACAAAGUAGGCAGUGACUGAAAGAUCUUGCCAUUUUUGAAAAAUCAAUAAUUUUUUUGACAUUUCGUUCAAAAAUCCUAAUAUUUUUCGACUUUUCGUGUUUUGAAAUUAUUUGGUUAUUCGUGUAAUAAAAUGGCAAGAACUUUCUUUACAAACCUUAAAAUGACAAGAACUUUCUUUACAAAACAUAAACUGGCAAAAACUUUGUUUACGUGGCUUAAAAACUCACAAUUGUCAAUUAAAAAGUACCUUCAGUAUUACAACAGAUUUAUUUUCAGCCGACGACACCCUGAAUGCCUUACUAACCAAAGUAGAGAAAGAGAUCUACGAAGAAGCGGAAGAAAGCGAAGAUUUUGACAAACAACGUCAACAAGCCUCGUCCAGUCAAUCUCACCUCAGCCAUGCCACAACAUCUAGCUCGAAUUCAGAAGCCGACGAUGAUCUACCCUCUUCCAAACCUCAAAACAAGCUUAAAUUACCAUCGGAAGCCGUAGUCGAUCGUCAUGUCUGCCGAAAAUGUCAUCUGGAAUGUCGUUACCCAGGUCGCCAUAUUGUUCAAAAACACCUCGGUAAACCUUUAUAUGUUUGUCCAGUAUGUGAAACCUUUGGUACGUACGAGGCAUGUGCUGUUGGGAAACAUAUAGAGUCGGUACAUAAGAGGAAGGACCUGAAACCCAUCAGUAAAAUGGAAGAAUAUGCAAAUGAGCUGAGACAGUUACAGGCGGAAUGCUUCCCGGACAGACAAAUGAAGCUUGUACCUUCCAAUUUGGGUAAGAAUUUUUGAAUAGUGUGUUUGGUAGGGUAGAUUUGGGGUAAAGUUAUUGGUACGAAGGAAAAAAAGUUUUUAAAUUUGUUACUUAAACAGCUAUUUUUUGUCUUAAACUGCCGUUUUUUCACAAUUUUUUACCUAAAAAGCCAUUUUUUUAAACUUUGCAGCCCGCAGGUGACAAGUUAUACGAAGAAUACCACUUUACUUUUUGUAAAGAAAGUUCUUGCCAUAUCAUGUUUUGUAAAGAAAGUUCUUGCAAUUUUAUAUUUUGUAAAGAAAAUUCUUGUCAUUUUAUGUUCUGUACACAAAGUUAUUGCUAUUUUUUGUUUUUGGAGAAUAAUUUUGCCAUUUCAUUAUAAAAAGUCAAGUUUUGUACUUUGCAGCCUGCGGAUGACAAAUUAUACGAUAAAUAUCAUUUUAUAUUUUUUGUAAAGAAAGUCCUUGCCAUUUUAUGUUUUGUAAAGAAAGUUCUUUCCAUUCCAGGUUCAAAGCCCCGAGAACGCCAUGUUUGUAAGAUUUGUGAAGCAGAUGUCGCCCAAUCCGAUCGUCAACGUCAUGUCUACCAUCGCCAUCUUCGUCAACCAAAACUGUUCGAAUGUCCUUUAUGUGAAUUCCAUUCCGAUUAUGACAUUCAUCGAGUGUCAUGGCAUAUCAAAUGGACUCACAAAAACAAUCAGAAACAGCCGAUUACCCAUGAAGCUGAGUUUAGAGACACUAUCGACCGGUUGAAUGAGGAAUGCUUCCCUGGUUGGAAACAUCGAAAGUGUUUGUCGCUGGCGGAGGAGAAAAUGGCAACACCGAGGAGGAAAUCGACUAGGAAUACUAGGUAAGGAUGGGAAGAAAGGCUUUGAGGUUCUAGGAUUUGUAAAGAAAGUUCUUGCCAUUUGAGUUUUGUAAAGAGAGCCCUUGCCACUUUUCGUUUUAGAAAGAAAGUUAUUGCCAUUUUUACUUAAAAAACGCAUUUUUGAGUUUUGCAGUUUUCAGGUGACAGUAUGCCGUUUUAUUCCUUGUAAAGGAAGUUCUUGCCGUUUUAUGACUUGUAAAGAAAGUUCUUGCCAUUUUAAGUUUUGUAAAGAAAGUUCUUGCCAUUUUAUGCUUUUUAAACAAAGUUCUUGCCAGUUUAAACUAAAAUAUUCAAUUUCAGAGCCCAAUCCCGGACCAGUUCCCCAUCAUCCCGUUCCCAGUCCAAAGACCCUACUUCUUUAGACGACUUGCCAGCAUCACCAGCACCAAACCAGCCCAACAAGCGGAAAUCAGCCCGAUCCAAUGACACGACCGUCUUAAAAAAGCCCAAAAUCGAAAAUGAAGUCCAAAUUUACUGUGAACUUUGCCAUGUUACAGUAGCCGAGUCGGACGAACUGUCCCACCUUAUGAUGGACCAUUUCGGUACGGACAUGUACAAGUGUCCGGUAUGCAAGACCUAUACUCAUGAUGAACAAGAUCAAGUGGCAGAGCACAUGAAGGUGGCUCAUAAGAACACGAUUGGGGCUCCAUUGCUGAACUUUGAUAAGGUUGAUGAGCUGUUGGCUGAACAUAAAAGUGCAUUUCCGGAGAGGACUUUGGUACUGGACAAGUGGUUGUCUGGGAAUGGAGUACAAUGUCAGGAGUGCGGAAUGUUGAUGAAGACUGAAGAUCGACAGGUAAAUUUAAAAGAAAAUACAGUGGAACCGCGGGCUUAAAAAAUUAUAUUAGGGUGGGGUAGAGUAGAGUAGGGUAGAGCAGAAUGGGGAGCAGAAAUGGCAAUAACUUUCUUUACAAAAUCUAUAAUGGCAAGAACUUUCUUUACAAAACAUAAAAUGGCAAUAACUUUCUUUACAAAAUCUAUAAUGGCAAGAACUUUCUUUACAAAACAUAAAAUGGCAAGAACUUUCUUUAAAUUUCAAAACAUAAUUUUUCAAUUCCAGAUCCACGUUUACCGUCACCACCUCCGAAAGCAAGACCUAUAUCAAUGUUUUUACUGCGAGUUCUCUCAUCACGCUUGCUCAUCCGAUGUCAAAAGUCAUAUGAGGCAUGUACACAUGAAGCACGACGUAGCACCAAAGACGAACAUUGACAAGUACGGCGAAGAGAUUGACGAAUGGAACGCUAAGUGUUUCAACGGCUGGAUCAACCGACGACUACCAUCGGCUGUCACUAAGGAUUUCGAGAAGUGUCGGCUAUGCCUAACUGAGAUCCAGCAGACCUCAAGACACAUUGCUGAAGUCCACAUGAACAUCCACCUACAUCAAUGCCCCUUAUGCGACUAUGGUGCGUCGGAAGCACGACUAGUACGACGCCACAUUCGCAACUAUCACGAUGAGACCACGGAAGAUCUGGAGCCCAUAGCCAAUGUGGUUCAACGAAGGGCCGAGUUCGCCGCUUUCCACGAGAAAUGCUUCCCAGGCCGGCCCAAACGUCUCACCAAUAUUGUGAUAAGCGAGGAAGGCCGUCGAACCAAAUGCAAAGAGUGCGGCAAGACAAUCAGUCGAAAACGACGUCUAGACCAUCUAUUGGAGUGCCAUUUAAGGAAAAAGGUGUACAAGUGCUCUCAAUGCUCAUAUGGAUCGAAUUUUGAUAAAGGUCUAGUGGAACAACAUGCUUCUGAACAACAUAAAGACGCCUGCUUGGUGAAUGAGGUCGACAAGUUCAAAGGGAAGAUCGAGGAGUUGUCGAGGAAGUGCUUUAAGGACCAACAAAUUAGCUUGGAGGGGUAG